AUGGAAAUUUCCAUCCUUUUGGAAACUCAAGGUUCCCCUGAUGCGCGUCACCGACGCGUUGCAAAAUACAGUCCGAUCUACAAAAACUGGCCAUUUUUAGACGAACGUGGAGUACUACGCCUUCGUGGCCGAAUUGGUGCCGCCACAUUCGCACCGGCCGAAGCUAAGUAUCCUGCGAUUCUGCCCAGGCAACACAUUAUCACUCUCCUAAUUACAGACUGGUACCAUCGUCGUUUCCGCCACGCCAAUCGAGAAACCGUCACGAACGAGAUGAGACAAUGGUUUGAAAUGGCCAAGCUGCGCGCCUUGAUUGGGAAGGUUGCGAAGAACUGUAUGAUGUGCCGACUGAAGAAAGCUGCGCCUAGUCCUCCCGCAAUGGUACCGCUUCCUGCGGCGCGUUUGCAACCAUUCGUUCGGCCAUUCAGCUUCGUUGGGGUGGACUAUUUCGGACCGAUAUUGGUUAAAGUUGGGAGGAGCCAAGUGAAGCGGUGGGUGGCUCUGUUCACCUGCCUUACUGUUCGCGCAGUACAUUUGGAGGUAGUGCACAGCCUGUCCUCUGAAUCCUGCAUCAUGGCAGUGCGACGAUUCGUUGCACGUCGCGGGUACCCGGCCGAGUUCUACUCGGAUAACGGGACAUGUUUUCAAGGCGCGAGCAAUGAAUUACAGAAAAAAGAAUUGAAGAGACGAAAUAACGCACUGGCUACUACUUUUACAACCGCUCAAACUCGGUGGUGCUUUAUAUCACUGGCCGCCCCCCACAUGGGAAGCGCAUGGGAGCGCCUAGUUCGCUCUGUAAAGGAAGCUUUAGGAACCAUAGCAGAAGCCCGUACACCAGACGAUGAAGUUCUCGAAACAGUGUUGCUCGAAGCCGAGGCUCUCAUCAACUCACGUCCACUCACUUACAUCCCCCUUGAGUCGGCGGAUGAGGAAGCCCUUACUCCCAACCAUUUUAUUCUGGGCAGCUCUAAUGGCGACAAAUGUCCAGCGAUUGAACCUGCUGAUAACCCGGUGGUACUACGUAGCAGUUGGAGACUUUCUCAGGCGAUAACCCAACGGUUCUGGACAAGAUGGGUCAAGGAGUACCUACCAUUAAUCACACGUAGGUCAAAGUGGUUCGAAGAGGUUCGGGACAUUGAACCGGGAGAUUUGGUGUUGGUUGUUGGUGGAACGGCGAAGGACCAGUGGAUUCGUGGGCGAGUAGAAACGGUGAUUCCUGGACGUGACGGGAAAGUUCGUCAAGCAAUAGUCAGGACCGCAACCGGAGUGCUCCGACGGCCAGCAGUGAAGUUGGCAGUACUCGACGUUCUGAAUAGAAGUGAAUCCAUAGGAUAA